ACUGUUUACAUUACAUCUUCUUUCUUUCGUUGAUUGCAUGCGGCCUGUUUUGGAUGUAGGGAUGAGCUAUUAUGUUGUGUCGAAGCGAUGUAAAGCUAGUCAUCCCGUCUGUUUUCAUAUUCGAAUGGAGUUCGCUGAGCUGAUUAAAACCCCUCGUGUGGACGGGGUGAUCCUUCACCGACCCUUCAUGCCCAAAGUGGAGGGAACUCUUUGUCUGACGGGACAUCACAUCAUCCUGUCCUCUCGCCAAGACAACACAGAGGAACUCUGGCUGCUUCAUGCCAACAUCGACUCUAUUGAGAAAAGAUUUGUCGGGCCACUUGGAACUAUUAUUGUAAAAUGUAAAGAUCUGCGAGUGAUCCAGUUGGACAUACCUGGCAUGGAUGAGUGUCUCAAUAUUGUCAGUUCAAUUGAGGCUCUGUCGACGCUGGACUCCGUCUCACUGAUGUAUCCGUUCUUCUAUCGUCCUCUCUUUGAGGUCAUAGAAGAUGGCUGGCAGUUGUUUCAACCAGAAGAGGCUUUCAAAGAUCUGGAGUCUAUGACAGAUGAAUGGAGACUGAGUGAGUUGAAUAAAGACUUCAGUGUGUGCCCCUCUUACCCCUCUGUGCUGACUGUGCCGAAAGUCAUCGAUGAUGAAACUCUAUCCAAAGCUGCUUCUUUCCGCCAUGGUGGCCGUUUCCCUGUGCUAAGUUACUACCACAAGAAAAACGGCAUGGUGAUGAUGCGAGCAGGGCAGCCGCUAACUGGAACCAAUGGGCGUCGCUGCAAAGAGGAUGAAAAACUGAUCAAUGCCACGCUUUGUGCAGGGAAGCGUGGUUACAUCAUUGACACACGGACAAUAGCUGUGGCGCAGCAGGCUAAAGCCAGGGGAGGUGGAUUUGAACAGGAAGCCAACUACCCACAGUGGAGGAGGAUCCAUAAAGCUAUUGAGAGGUCCAGUGUUCUUCAGGAGAGUUUGAUAAAGCUGGUGGAGGCCUGCAAUGAUCAGUCACACAGCAUGGACCGCUGGCUCAGUAAACUAGAAGCUUCUAACUGGCAAAGUCAUGUUAAAGAAAUCCUCACCACUGCUUGCCUGGCUGCACAGUGUAUCGACAGGGAAGGGGCUUCAGUUUUGGUUCAUGGCACAGAGGGCACAGAUUCCACCCUGCAGGUGACCGCUCUGGCCCAGAUCAUCCUUGAUCCGGCAUGCAGAACCAUCCGGGGAUUUGAAACUCUGAUUGAACGAGAGUGGUUGCAGGCAGGUCACCCGUUCCAACAGCGCUGCGCUCAGUCUGCGUAUUCAAAUUGGAGGCUGCGGAGUGAAGCCCCUGUGUUCUUGCUCUUCCUGGAUUGCGUGUGGCAAAUCCUCCGGCAGUUCCCCUGCUCAUUCCAGUUCAAUGAGAAGUUCCUCAUCAUGCUCUUCGAACACACUUAUGCCUCACAGUUUGGCACUUUCCUUGGAAACAGUGUGGCUGAGAGGGAGAAGCUGCAGCUGUCUCAAAAGACUGUGUCUCUGUGGUCAUGGGUGAACAGACCUCCGGAGCUGGAGAGAUUUCUUAACCCAUUGUACGAGCCAAAUAACCUGGUCAUCUGGCCAUCUGUGGCACCUCAGAGUCUUCUGCUUUGGGAGGGAGUAUUUCUUCGCUGGAAUCGCUCCACCAAGUGUUUAGAUGAGGCCAAUCAGGAGAUGGUCCAUAUUAUAGAGUACAACAAGGAGCUGCAGAACAAAGUGAACAGCCUGCGCAGGCAGCUGGCCCAGCUCGAGACCGAGGACGGCCCACUGCAGACACCGUAAAACAAACCAGUCCAACGUACUGAGAGAUUUCAACACUCCUGAUUCUCCUUAUCUUUACUACUGAAGAGGCUCUUCCAUGCACAUAGUGUAUGUACACACAUCCCUUCUUCUUCUGCCCAUGCUUCCCUUUCCUUACUCAAUUGCUUAACUUUAUCCAUGUUAAUGUCGAAUUUGCCUUUUAACAGGCAUUAUACAUUUAUUUGAAUAUAUUGCCACUUGAUUCGCAGCUGUAUUAGUGUGUCAUUGUGGUUAAAUAUUGUCAUUCAAACACUAUGCCAAUAUCAGAGCACCUGUUAUUCUUGCUUGGUUGUUUCAAUCAAGCUGACACUUUAAAAAAGUGUUCCAGAUCUGGAUGUCAUUUCACUACAAGACUUUGUUUAGAAAUUGUGUUUUGGUUUACACGAGAAAAGGGAUUACUCAUGUGCCAUAGUUUAGUUUAAGUCCUGUGCCACACAGUGCAAUAGACAAUAUAGCUAUAAACCAAUAGCGGUCUUAAAAGGGAAACAAUUUGGAAAGAAUCUUACAUAAUCUAUAACUUCUUCCAAAGAGAUGCUGUACACAUAAUAAAUAAAUUGCCGAAUUUGAUAGGUAUAAGAUCCCUCCCCCUUUUGUGCAUGGGUAAACACACAUGAAUAUAUUAAAAGAGUAAAUGAUUGCAUAUGCAAAAUCAAAAUGUAUGCAGGUGAAUGAAAAUUUAUGCUUAAAGGGGUCUUGGUCCAAAUUUCAGAUAUUCAAGACCACUCUAGCCUACACAUUUCAUAGGUUAUCAAAUAGGUUACGGCAUGUAUGAAUGGUUUUGAGUUCAUGGAAGGUUUUGAUACUGGAAAUAGACUGGACGUUGUUGUAAGGUGUUUUGGAAAUGUGCACAAGUUAAUCAUUUUUUAAUUGAUGUCAUUCUGGCACUUAAAUAGAUUCACUGACAUAUAUCAUUAAGAUUUGCCACUGUAUAAGCGUCUUAUUGUUUGUAUUGUUUCAGGCCUUGAUGUACAAAAUGUAUUACUGAUAGAAUUGUUAAGCUGAAGUAUGUUACAUUAUGUGGGCAUUAAAAUUAUCAUUUAAUGUA